AUGGCACGUAAGCAGACAAGCAAGCAGCAGUCAACAACGUGGCAUCCAGGUGCAUGUGCAGUUCAACAAAGAGUAGAAAGUUUCGAGCAUCUUAAUCUCAGCAAAGCACUCAAUUCGACUAUUACCACGAUCCGGCAGUCCAAUUUCACUCUUCAUGAUUUCAAGUCAAUUAAAGGAUUACGUUGGUAA